AUGAAUCCAAACGUUCCUCCAACAUCUUCAAUUAUUUUGCCUCCUCCUCCUACCUCAUUAACUUUAAAUAAUAAAGAUGUUAAAUUUUUAAAUCAUGAAACAACAACACUUAUAGUUAAAAGCCUGCCAAAUUUUCCAGAACCAGAUUUGAUUAAUUUUCUUAAUCAUUUUGGUCCAAAAGAAAUCCGUCUUGGAAAGUCUAGACAUAUGAAAAAUUCAGCCUUUCUAGAUUUUUGGGACCGUAAUUCAGCGUCAUUAGCAUUCAAUAAAAUACAAGACUUGGGAGAUAUUAAUGGUAAAAGAAUCAGAGUUGAAUAUGCAUCUCCAACUGAACCAAUAGCUCCAUCAUUAGGGAUAAAUUAUCCACCACUGCCUAAUCUUCAUUAUCGUUAUCCACCACCUACAAUAGAAAGUCUCCAAAAUAUUAUGAAUGCAAUUACAACAGUACCAAAAUGA